AUGGAAUCAGAAAACUUGACUGAAAUUCUGGAAUUUUUACUUCUGGGCAUUUCAAAGGAGCCUGAAUUACAGCCCAUUAUUUUUGGGAUUUUCCUCUCUAUGUACAUGGUCACAGUGCUGGGGAACCUGCUCAUCAUCUUGGCCACCAUCUCCGACCCCCAUCUCCACACGCCAAUGUACUUCUUCCUCUCCAAUCUGUCCUUGAUGGACAUAUGUUUCACCUCCACCACCAUCCCCAAGAUGCUGGUGAAUAUCCAGACGAACAGCAAAGCCAUCUCCUAUAAGGGUUGCCUCACUCAGCUGUAUUUUUUCAUGCUGUUUUCAGCAAUGGAUGACUUUCUUGUGACUGUGAUGGCCUAUGACCGCUUGGUGGCCAUCUGCCAUCCUCUGCACUACAUGGUCAUCAUGAACCCUCGUCUCUGUGGGCUGCUGGUUCUCAUGUGCUUGGUCACCAGUGCCCUGCAUUCAUUAUUAGAGUGUUUGAUGGUGUUUCGGCUGUCAUACCUCGCAGACACAGAAAUCCCCCACUUUUUCUGUGAACUCAACCAGAUGGUUCAGCUGUCCUGUUCGGACACGUUUUUGAACAACCUGGUCAUGUAUCUGGAGGCGGUGUUUCUGGGGGGAGGUCCUGUGAUUUACAUCCUUUACUCUUACUCGAGGAUCAUCUCUUCCAUCCGCCGUAUCACAUCAGCUCAGGGCAAGUAUAAAGCCUUUUCCACCUGCGUGUCUCACCUCUUAGUGGUCUCCUUGUUUUAUUGCACCAGCCUUGGCGUGUACCUGAGCUCUGCCGGGUCCCACAAUUCACACUCCAGUGCUACCGCCUCGGUGAUGUACACCGUGGUCACCCCCAUGCUGAACCCCUUCAUCUACAGCCUCAGGAACAAAGACUUGAAGAGGGCCCUGAAGACAUUCUUUGGGAAGAAACAAUGA